UCUACCAUCUGAGCUAGAGCCCAUGCUCCACUCACGGUACAGCUGGCUGCAACCGCCCGUCAGCAACUCCUUCCUUUUUGUUUGUGUUUCCCGCGUCUUUGUCCACUCCUCCCUUCCUGGUGCUACGGAAGAGUGGACGCAGUUAAAGGAGCCUUCUCAGUCCACUCCUCACUGCUCACCUUUGUCGGCAAGGUGAGCCCCUCCUCCCCUUGGCAAAGUGUCAGUGGGAAUGGGAAACAUGAGUCCUCCUCUUGGUCACCUGAGCUGAGCAGCUGAAUGUUUCAUGGACUCACACAGCACCAGAUCCUGGACCAGGACACACGCUCCACCGGCAGAACUUGCGCAGGUAUAGGCAAGGCUGUAGCACACAGGUGAUGAUUACAAGAUGUCUGAGGGAAAGCAGCGAGCUAUGUCCGCCUCGGGGGAGUCCCUGUACCUGCUUCUGGGUCUGGAGCAGGGAUGCAGCCAUGAGGACGUCAAGAAGUCAUACAGGAAGCUGGCAUUGCGUUACCAUCCGGACAAGAACCCGGACCACCCAGAGGCGGCUGAGAAGUUCAAGGAGGUGAACAGCGCCCACGCCGUCCUGUCCGACCCCACCAAGAGGAACAUCUAUGACUCUUACGGCUCUCUGGGGCUCUAUGUGGCUCAGCAGUUUGGAGAAGAUCAUGUCAAUACCUACUUCAUGCUGUCCACCUGGUGGGCCAAGGGGCUUUUUGCACUCUGUGGCGUCCUGACAGGAUUUUACUGCUGCUGCUGCCUCUGCUGUUGCUGUAACUGCUGCUGUGGACAACUCAAAGCCACGCCCCCCGACGAGGGGGCGGAGCCGCACUAUGUCUCGCCCGAUGACCUGGAGGAGGAGAUCGGUGACCAGCCCAGUAACGAUGUCGACACAGCCGUCGUUCAUCAGCCGACAAACGCCAGUGAGAAAACUCAGCUGAUCUCCGAUGGACGCCACAGAUAUGGCGACACAUACACAUGAGGAUGUCAGCGUGCUUGUUACCAUUUCUGGCUAACUCAGCUUCUUCUUCUCACAUGAAAUAA